AUGACCAGAAAGAUCUUCACGAACACCAGGGAGCGGUGGAGGCAGCAGAACGUCAACAGCGCCUUUGCCAAGCUGAGGAAGCUCAUCCCCACUCACCCUCCGGACAAGAAGCUGAGCAAAAAUGAAACACUUCGCCUGGCCAUGAGGUAUAUCAACUUCCUGGUGAAGGUCUUGGGAGAGCAGAGCCUACAGCAAACAGGAGUGGCUGCUCCAGGAAACAUUCUGGGCCUCUUCCCCCAAGGACCCCACCUGCCAGACAGGACUCUCCUUGGUGACUACCAGGUUCCAUCACCCGGCUCAAGCCACCACAUUCCGUAAUAGUGGGGCUCUGGCUGUUGUGACCCCAGGCAGCACUGGUUCAGAAGUCACUAGCUGUCAACAGCCUUUUUGCAAGUACCAGAGUCAGCAUGCUGAAUAAUUUGUGAGGCAUGAAUUCAAGCUUCAUAGGAGGUGUCUCAGGGUCAGCUGCAGAAUGCUAAAAGGAGGCCAAAAGGGAGGUGGCCGUACAUCCCCUUCCCUUGGGGCUUCAGGCAGAGCAGCCUGUAUCUGUCGGUUUUAUAAAUCCAGGUUCCUGCAUAAGAUGUUGUUUUGGGGGGAAAAAAGACCCUUACGUUAAAAACUGGUUUGAAAAUCACUGCUUUACUUAAUAUGUUUUCAGUUGU